AUGGUACUCACACGCACAGCAACAAAUAGCAUCCCGCCACACUCCUACUCCGAAUUGAUCCUUCAGUUGAACCGCACCUCCAUAACCUCACCAACCCGCGUCACAUUCGCAAAAGACUCACCAUCUCCCUCAACACCGUCACGCAAAACCCUUUCAUCCCCACGCAAACCAUCCCGCAGUCCCUCAUCUCGCCACUUCUUCCACCCGGCCCGCCCGGCGCCCCGUCGUCCAAUCCCCAUCAAAGCAACACCCAAAAGCCCAAUCCGCACCACAGCUCACCACGCAAUCCACAAAUCUCCCAGGAAAUCUCCCAAGACGCCUACAUCAGCUCAAAUUCGUUCUUAUAAAAAGAGAAACGGGAGGAAAGUGCGGUUUGAUGAGAGUACGUUUGUGACGAGAGAAAUGAGGGUUAGUGAGAGUGGGACGAGGGAGUUAAAGAGAGCGGAGAAUGAGAUCGAAAUUUGGCGGGAGUUGCUUGGGAUGCAAGGGGAGGGGACGGGGAUGGGGGAGGUGGUGAGGGAGUGUUUGGAGAGGGCGGAGAGGAGAAGGGAUGGGUUGGUUGGAAAUAUGGAUGUGGAGAUGUGUGAGGAAUGA